CUUAUUUGACUUUAAAUAGGAGCAUAGCUCAUCUCUUUUCUUUCACACCAUUCGAACACCAAGUAAGGAAAACCAUCAAAAAGAGAUAUUGUUCCAAGAAGAAGAAUAGUAGCAGGAGAUUUUUCAUAUCCAUAAAAUUUUAGAAGAAUUUGUCUAUAAGCAUUAAAUGGACAGUUCAUGGAUGAUUCAAUGCCCAUCGGACUGGUCAUUGAUGUCCAACGUUCAGGUUCAUCAAUUCACCAUUUGCACACAACAAAUUCUCCUAUAUAAUGGCUGGCAGGUGGUUUGGAACGACACACGUUCUUACACGUUCAUAUACAUUCCUCACGUAUUUCUGAGCUCUAAAACACCUCCAGCAUUCCAAAAAUUUCCUGAGUGUUCAUACUGUAACACCGUCCCCAAAUAUAUUUACUUUUAAGUGAAUAUUGUAUUUUAACCUUAUGGAAUAGUUGACGAAUUUACGAUGUUAUGAGUUUUUAUUAAUUAUUUUGCGUGAAUAGUAAAUUCGCACGUGGGGCCCACGCCGGGAGCGGGGACCACCCUAUAUUCCCGGGACCACAUAAGUUAUUCAUCUUGGUCUAGAUAAUAUUUAUAUAGUGGUGGAUAAUUUAUUUGGUCCAAAGAAAUGAUAUAGAGUUGACCGGUUGAUCAAAAGGCCAGAAUACCGGUAUUGGUAAUUUAACAGAUAAAAACCCGAAAUGAAUUUCGGGAACUUAUAAAGUAAAGUUGGGGGAUGUAUAUUCAUUAUAAGGGUCAUAAUGAUUUGGAAACACUUAAUAUAUUUUAUUUGACCCGAUAAAAUAAAAUAUAACUAAAACAGUCCGAAAAAUACAACUUUCGGGGCCGAUUGUACACUUCUGGACAAAAAGGGUUGACCUCCCACAUGGGUGGGGGCCAACCCACGAAUUUGGCAGCAAAGGGGGGGCUGAUCUAUGUCAAACAAGGGCUGAAAACCUUGAGGAGAUGGGAGAGACAACCUUGACAUCCCAAGGGCCCCAUUCUCACUCAUUUGGCAAAAAUGCCAAAAAGGAGCCUCACCCCAUCUCUCCCUCACUCCUUCUCUCGGCCAGCACCAACCCCAGCAAGAAAAGAAAAACCUCCAUCCUCCUUUUCCCAUCCUUGAAGAGAGCUCAAACAAUAGAGGUCCAAGGGGGAAGAUUAAAGGGAGAAAAAGCUAGGAAAAGUGAGAACGAUUAAGGAACUUGAUUAAAGCAUUUUUGAGCUUCGCCGGAGUUUCGCCGGAGUUGGUCAAAGUUCACCGGAGUUGGUCAAAGUUUGCCGGAAUUAGUCAAAGUUCAAUCGGGGAGCAUAGAACGCGCUUAAGCUCACUUAAGUUUCAGGUAGAACUUGAAGGUUGCUGCCAUCACCCGCUUGUUUCGGGAAGAUCAAGGAGAGAAGACGUGAAAUGGAGCCAAUCGGAAGGAUCACUAGGAGGAACCCGACGGGCCGUGUACCGGGUGGAUCCGAGCGCGGUAGCCGGGGGUCCUCUAGGGGAUCAAGAGGAAGGGGCCGGGGAGGCCAACACCAAACCGUGAGCGAUGGCCACGUCGAGACAGAAAGUGAGACCUAUUGGUCUUAUGAAGAUUCAACCUACCGGCCGGAAACGGAGCCGGUUGAGACCCCUUAUGAAGGGGAUGAUGAUGAUGUGAGUGACGAGGAGGAAAGUGGCUCCUUGGCCAGGAUUGAAGCGCUGCUCCAACAAUACCACCGGGAGCGCGAGGAAAAAAGGGAACGUCGAAGGCGCCGUGCGGGGCAACCUUCGGGCGGGGCUCCAAGGGGUAGGAGUGUUUGUGACUCGAGAACCCAUGUAGAAGCGCAUGGGAGCCGUGGCGAUGGAGGUCCAACCAUAAGGAUCUCCAAAUACAUUAAAGAGGCGAGGGAUUUGGGGUGCAAACCGUUCGAUGGAACGGGAGACAUCUCGGUUGCCGCGCAGUGGAUCAAGAGGCUGAACGAGGCGGCUCUUGACAUGCAACUCACCCCCGAUUUUAAACUGAGAAUCGCGGUGAGGUUACUUGAAGGUUUGGCAUCCAAAUGGUGGGAUGGAACCAAGGGCAAGUAUGGUGAGACUCUUACUUGGGAGGAUUUUCGGCAAGAAUUCUUUGCCCAAUACUACUCCGACUUUGAGGUAAACGCCAAGUGAGGGAGUACACUCUUUUGACCCAGAGGGGUAAUAAAUACGUUUUAAGGACAUCGUGCGUAGCACAAGCUUUGACUAAUUUCUGCUCCAUCUUAUUUCUGUUUUCUUUCGUCAUUUUAAUUAAUUUAUUUUAAUUAAUUUUCUUUAUUUUUUGAAACACACCCAAGACUAAGCUUCAGCCUUGAUCACUCCCAAACUCCUGCUUGGAGUGAGAAAAAACAAAUUGGACCAACUCAGUUGCUUUCAAAAGAAUUUUAACAAUUUCAACUUGGUGUAGAAAACAAAUUGGAUCCAAUUAAUUACGGAGUAUGAGGGAUAUGUAAAACUCACAUGUGUGACUGUCCUCCACUCACAUGCACUGCGAAUCUCUGUUUUUAUUGUGAUGAUCGAAUUAAUCUGCCUUACAGACAUUUACACUUAUUCAGAUUGUACGUUGUCUUCUACAUCAUUGUCCUUCAUUCCUUUCCGAUGUACUCCCUCCGUAACUUAAAAAUCUUCUCACUUUCCUUUUUCGUCCGUAACACAAAAAUCUUCUCAUUUCUAAAUCUUCUCAUCAUACCCUCAAUAAUUCUUAAAAUAAUACACUAUUACAACUACUUUUUUUGGAUUUAUCCUACAUUCCACCACAUUAUUCCACUAUUUUCCCAUCAUACCCUCAAUAAUUCAUAUCAUCUUUCACUAUUCUUAAUCUACCUACUUUUGAAAUGGGAAGAUUUUAAAGUUACGGAGGGAGUAUAAAACAAAAUUGUCCUUCUUCAUGGAUGCACAGUACCCCUCUUUGAUUUAUUGAUCCCCGCGCACCUUCAAUUUCUUGUACAGAUCGGUUUAUUUUGGGUCAAACUAGUAGGGAUGGCAAUGGGGCGGGGUUGGGGCGGGGUUCACUCCCCCAUCCCCGCCCCCAGGGGCGGAGCCAGGACACUGGGCUGGACUGGGCCGGUACAAAGAAUAUUUUUGAAAAAAAAUUUACUCGGAAUUUUUUACCCUAAAAAUUUAGACAUUUUUAAAAUUUGGGCUAGGCCAUGGCCAGGGAUGGCCACCCCCUGUCUACGCCCUUGCCCGCCCCGUGUCUAAAAAAUCGCCCCCACCCCCGCCCCAUCCCCCACUACUAUUCGACCCACCCCAUCCCCCGCCUCGACCCGCUAGACCCACGGGUACCCAACGGGGGAAGUACUCGUCAAAAAUUAACAUCAUUAUAGACUCUGACAAUUUUUCAAAAAUUAAACAACACUUCUAGUAGCCAAUUUUUUUCACUUUUUAAGUGUCAAUGUAAUCUUACAUCCCAUUUCAAAUCUAGAACACAUUAUACACGUUCUAAUUUAGCCACUUUUAUCAAACUCUAAAUUAACAUUGAUUGACUCUAUAAUAUUUUCUUAAACCCUGCAUUCAAUCAAUCAUGGUCAUUUGAGAGCAUCUAGGACGACCUAUGACCUAAUGACCACCAAAUUUUAAGAGCCCUAAUUACAAUCAUAAAGAUGACAUAAAAAAAAAGAAUUAAUGCAUUGUAAUAUAGUAAAGCAAAAAAACUUUCACACCGUGCCUAGGGCGUUUAAGCUAAUAUCACUUUAUAACUUUCGCAAAUUCAUUUUACUUUAUCCCUAAAAAAAUCAUUUUACUUUAUGAUUUUGAUAAGCAAUUUUACAAGAUAGCUUAGUUAUUAAACAAGAAUUAGAUAGACCCAUUAGACACAAUCCAUUAGAUAGGAAACCACUAAACCCACCGGGCC